AGUGGGUGGUGAAAUCUGCCAGUGAAACUGUGACUGAUGUGAAAUUUAAACUGAAAUGUUUUUCGGGUAAUUCACCCAGACCCAAUGGAGAAGUAGAUUAUCCUGUUUGGCAAGCACAAGCCAAAGAGAUGAUGGAAGACAGUGAGAUUUCUGACAAAGUCAAAAGAAGAAAGUUUUUACUCAGUCAGAGGUUACAGCAAGAAGCUGAUGAAGGGGCUAAAGUGGUCUUGACAGAAAGAAAAUCAGUGACAAUUCCACCUGGCACAUCCAAAACAGUGCCAGGAAUUCUGAAGUUUGCUGUGAAUGAAUUGAAGACUGCUGUAAUGCUGGAAGAUCCAGGUGUCACAAUUGGACCCAGUGGGCUAGUGGUUUUUCCUCAAUUUGUUAAAGUCACUGGCGCCAGUAUGAGAAUAGGAGUACAUGUCAAAAACUUAACAAGGAAGGAUGUCAUAUUGAAAUCUCACUCUGUCAUUGCAAAGGGGCAAAGAGCUGAGUGGAUAAAACCAGUGCCAACCCAGGUUUCAGCAGCUGCAACUAAAGAGAGAGAUGGUGUCAUACUGGCACUUGACUUUGAAGAAUCCCCUCUCAGUGCUGCUGAGAGGAAAAGGAUUGCUGAAACUGAACGGUUGGAGCAAAAUUCAAUCAAGGUCAUCCCUCCUGGAGCUUUCUCACCAUAUAAAAAGCUUCGAAGAAUUGACCUGAGCAAUAACCAGAUCUCUGAGACAGCUCCAGAUGCUUUCCAAGGCCUGCGUUCACUCAAUUCACUUGUCCUCUAUGGAAAUAAAAUUACAGAACUUCCAAAAGGCCUGUUUGAAGGACUCUUCUCUUUACAAUUGCUAUUAUUAAAUGCCAACAAGAUAAAUUGCCUACGAGUAGAUGCUUUCCAAGAUCUACACAACCUGAACCUUCUCUCUUUGUAUGAUAACAAGCUUCAAACCAUUGCUAAAGGCACCUUUUCACCCCUACGGGCAAUUCAGACUUUGCAUUUGGCUCAGAACCCAUUUAUUUGUGACUGCCAUCUGAAGUGGCUGGCGGAUUAUCUUCAUACAAACCCUAUUGAGACCAGUGGUGCCCGUUGCACCAGCCCCCGCCGUCUGGCAAACAAAAGGAUUGGCCAGAUCAAAAGCAAGAAAUUCCGCUGCUCAGCUAAAGAACAGUAUUUCAUUCCAGGCACCGAAGAUUACAGAUCAAAACUAAGUGGAGACUGCUUUGCAGAUCUGGCUUGCCCUGAAAAAUGCCGCUGUGAAGGAACCACAGUGGACUGCUCCAAUCAGAAGCUCAACAAAAUUCCUGACCACGUCCCCCAAUACACAGCAGAGUUGAGACUAAAUAACAAUGAAUUCACAGUGUUAGAGGCGACUGGGAUCUUUAAGAAGCUUCCUCAGCUGCGUAAAAUAAAUCUGAGCAAUAACAAGAUCACAGAUAUUGAAGAAGGAGCAUUUGAAGGAGCAUCUGGUGUGAAUGAACUGUUGCUCACCAGUAACCGUUUGGAGACUAUUCGACACAAGAUGUUUAAAGGCCUAGAAAGUCUCAAAACAUUAAUGCUAAGGAGCAAUCGCAUAAGCUGUAUAGGCAAUGAUAGUUUCACAGGACUGAGUUCUGUCCGUUUGCUCUCCUUAUAUGACAACCAAAUUACUACAGUUGCUCCAGGUGCCUUUGAUACUCUCCAUUCACUCUCUACAUUAGGCAGAUGCUGAGAAAUUGGGCGAGGAGACUACGGCAGCGCGGUGAGGAC